UCCUGAUCUCCUCCAUCUUCAUCCCAAACCCUAACCCCCAGAUCUGGUCCCCACACCUACCACCCUCUGCCUCGACGGCGCCGCAAACCAUCUCCAUAUCCUCACCAUCCUCCUCCGAUGACACAACAGUUGUUGUUGCAAUGCUAAACCCAAUAGACUUUCUUGCUCUACAAGAAAUCCACUCUUCCUUAGAAGACACACCAGGCUCCAACUUCCUCCUCGCCUGGGACUUCUCCUCUGACCCCUGCUCCUUUACCGGCGUCCUCUGCAACCCUACCACCAACCACGUCAUCUCCCUCUCCCUCGGCGAUCCCUGCGCCGGCGCCCCCGGCCUCACCGGCAAGCUCCAUCCCUCCCUCUCCCUCCUCUCCGAACUCACCGACCUCUCCCUCGUCCCCGGCCGUGUCUACGGCCUUAUCCCUCCUUCCCUUUUCCCUCCUCCGCCGUCUCCGCUUCCUCGCCCUCUCCGAGAACUUCCUCUCCGGCCCAAUCCCUCAAUCCCUCUCUUCCCUUCCCUCCCUUCAAACCCUAGAUCUCAGCUUCAAUCUCCUCUCCGGCUCUAUCCCUCCUCCUCCACCCUCUCUCUCAUCUCUCAUCCUCUCCCACAACCGCCUCUCCGGCAUGAUUCCCUCCGCCAUCGGUGGCAACCCUCGCCUUCUCCGUCUUGACCUCAAGCACAACCAUUUCACCGCCAUCGGUGGAAUCGUCCGUGAAUUCGUAAGGUUUUUCUCUGGACCGGUUCCGGCAGGGAGAACCUCAAGUUUAACGUCCGCUGGACCCACCGGAACCUUGCCAUCGUUAGUAGUUUAGCAUCUAGAUCAAUGGUGGAUUUUGCAUAUGAUGAUAAUGGCUCCCCAAUAUUGACAGUCAGUAGUUUAGCUGUUCAUUCUAAGGUUUUGUCGUCAAUAUGUUAUUCCUUAUUUUACUCUGGACAGGGACUAGGAGAUUGCUGACCAUGGGCGUUGUGGUUGCUGUUGUAUUUGCAGCCGCCUUCGGGCCCUUUGUGUCCUAUGGCCAGGUUGAGAGCAUAGUCUUGAGUUUUAUCUCCAUGCUUUCCAGUCCCAAUGAUGAAUCUCCCUCAAACAUCGAAGCUGCAGUCUCCAUCUCCUCUUCAGAAGUAGUCAUCGAAAUGGCUAUGCGAAAGGUGGCAGAGAGUGCGAUCCGAACUCUGGGAUCUAGGUCUUGCCAAUCCAGGCAGCUCCAUGCAACUCCAGGGAGCAAGAAGAUUGUGGGGGUAUUCUACAAAGCUAGGGAGCAUGCAGAGAAAAAUCCCAACUUUGUAGGGUGCGUGGAAAGAGGGUUGGGCAUUCGGUCUACACUUUGUGGAUUUAUGUAAAUCGGACCUUAUUAUUGUCAUAUGAUUGAAAUAACAAUUUUGCUAAUUUUGCUUA